AGGAGGGCUGAAGGAGGGUUGGCUAUCUCACUGCUGAUGAGGGAGAAAGAGAAAGCAUUCUAAGGUAUGAGGUCAGAUUAAGUGGUUUGAGAAGUUGAGCUCAAGUGAGUCCUCUGCUGAGAAAGGGGUGGGGUGGUUUCUGUCUGUAAGAAAUAAAUAGGUGCUGAGAGGUUCCCAUUCUCUUUGCCUUGCUUUUCAACUUAUCAAAUGGAAGCAGCUAUGGACCUGUGAGCUCAUUUAGUCCACUUUUUCUUCUUAUAGCUACAGUCCAGAGCGGGAGAAUAAUGCACUUAGGGUCGCCCUGCUGGUCAGCAGCAGAGUGGGUAGCAGGACCACUUUACAUUUUCUUUCUUCUGCUGGUUUUGUUGCUUGGGUCCUGUAGGCUUUCUCCUCCCCUAGGCUCCUCCAAGGCUCACCUCCAGUAAUAUUAAACUUCCCUGCCCUUCCUACCCAAUCCUCUCCUGUCUGCCUCAGAAACAGGGUGUUUGGCUACAUGGGUCCUGGGUCCUUCUAUUGCCGACCACAUUCAGCCCCACAGAAAAGUUCCUUCUACACAGCUGUGUUGCAGCACCCUGGGGGACAGUGAGAAGGAUGCCACCAAGGGGUGGGACUGAAAGCUAGGGGUAGGAUGCUCUUCUCUGCAAGCUGGCGUUGGGAGAAGCAGGGUACAUGGAUCAGAAGCAAGCCGCAUGUGCCAGUUGGAGGGCGGCCACCCGGGCCCGCAACACCACCCUUCCCGCUCUGCUCAGGCUGUCUGAUCAUCUCCUGGUCAACUACAGGAAGGGGGUGCGGCCCGUGCGGGACUGGAGAAAGCCUACUACCGUGUCCAUCGAUGUCAUCAUGUAUGCCAUCCUCAACGUGGAUGAGAAGAACCAGGUGCUGACCACCUACAUCUGGUACCGGCAGUUCUGGACUGAUGAAUUUCUGCAGUGGACUCCCGAGGACUUUGACAAUAUCACCAAAUUGUCCAUCCCCACAGACAGCAUCUGGGUCCCUGACAUUCUCAUCAAUGAGUUUGUGGACGUGGGGAAGUCUCCGAGCAUCCCUUAUGUGUACGUGCAUCAUCAAGGUGAAGUCCAAAACUACAAGCCCCUCCAGGUGGUGACCGCCUGUAGCCUGGACAUCUAUAACUUCCCCUUUGAUGUGCAGAACUGCUCUUUGACCUUCACCAGCUGGCUGCAUACCAUCCAGGACAUCAACAUUUCCCUGUGGCGAUCACCAGAAGAAGUGAGGUCAGACAAGAGCGUCUUCAUGAAUCAGGGCGAGUGGGAGUUGCUGGGAGUGCUGACCCAGUUUCAGGAGUUCAGUAUGGAAACCAGUAGCAGCUAUGCCGAAAUGAAGUUCUAUGUGGUCAUCCGCCGGCGGCCUUUGUUCUACGCAGUCAGUCUCCUGCUGCCCAGUAUCUUCCUCAUGGUUGUCGACAUUGCGGGCUUUUGCCUGCCCCCAGACAGUGGCGAGAGAGUCUCCUUCAAGAUCACACUCCUUCUGGGAUACUCAGUCUUUCUCAUCAUUGUGUCAGACACACUGCCGGCAACGGCCAUCGGCACUCCCCUCAUUGGUAAGGCCUCCCCCAGGCAAGAGUGCACUGUGAUGUGGACUUGCUCCUGCCCUCAGUGUAUCUCUUUCUCUGGCUCAGGUGUCUACUUUGUGGUGUGCAUGGCUCUGCUGGUGAUAAGCCUUGCCGAGACCAUCUUCAUCGUGCGGCUGGUGCACAAGCAGGACCUACAGCGGCCAGUACCGGCCUGGCUCAGGCACCUGGUCCUAGAGAAAACAGCCUGGCUGCUCUGUCUAGGGGAGCAGCAGCCCAUGGCCCAUAGGCACCCAGCCACCUUCCAAGCCAACAAGACUGAGGACUGCUCAGCCAUGGGAAACCACUUCAGCCAUGUUGGGGGACCCCAGGACUUGGAGAAGACCCUGAGGGGCAGAAGUAGCCCUCCUCCACCACCUAGAGAGGCCUCACUGGCUGUGCGUGGGCUCUUGCAAGAGCUAUCCUCCAUCCGCCACUUCCUGGAGAAGCGGGAUGAGAUGCGGGAGGUGGCUCGGGACUGGCUGAGAGUGGGAUACGUGCUCGACAGGCUGCUCUUCCGAAUCUACCUUUUGGCUGUGCUGGCCUACAGCAUCACCCUGGUCACACUCUGGUCCAUUUGGCAUUAUUCUUGAGUGAGCACAACCCGGCAUGGUAUAUGGGACUGGUUAGGCUAAGGAUGGAGGAUUUCCCCUUAGGUCCUUCAUUCUGUUUCCAACACCAAUUAGUCUGAGCAAUCCCAUACCAGUGUCUGAACCCUUGGCCCCAAAAUUUAGUGCUGAAGAUGCAUUCUGCCUCCCCCACUUUAUUCCCAACCUCCCUACUAUGGCUUUAAAGCAUGAUAUCCUAGUUCAAGACAAACCAAGUACCCUCUAACUUUACCCAUCAACGCGUUGGGGCUCGGUUUCCUUUGCAGUACUUUCCUGAUUAAAGCCCUUGGAACUGCUCAUUUCCACAAAAUUUGGUUUUUGCUCAAAGAAAAACUAAUCCUCUAUCAUAGGUGCCUGAGAUUUCUAAAUUCAUUUUAUCCAGCCCCUAAUGGCUCUCUUUUCAGCUCACCUGUGGCCACUUCCCUAGCACUCAGCUUUGUCAGCCAAUGGGGAAAGGAGGAUAAUAAAGCACAGUGAUAUCUUA